AUGGCGAGGCACAACCAAGUCGGUUUCGUUGAAUGUGACGGUGUGUCGCCAGAGCGCCUGGAGCUCUACGAACGUUUUUUGAAGUAUCGAAGCGAGAUGUUUUCCCGUUCUUCCAGCAAGCCCACCCUGGUCUGUAUCGUCCGAGAUGAGGCGCUGGACCAACACCGUGAAAACCAACGCAUAUAUGUUUACGUUCCCCCCAAUGCCGAUCCUCUUGGCUUCUUGAUCAAGGCCAAUCUUCCUUUGGCAAGUGGUGACGAUGUGUACUGUCCGAACGAUGGCUAUCAUUGUCUCCAGGAAUUCAUCUACUUUUCCCCCGAGUGCAAGAAGUAUCUUCUUGGCAACGCAGUGCGGAAGCUCUACAAGUACAAUUCUCUGAGUUGCAGUCCGCGUGACUUCGAAGAUCAUGUGCUAACAGGCAACCCCCCCGAUCUGAUGGUGUACUAG